UGAGGGAUUUAGAUUGUGUCGUGUUUGUGCUGAGAGAUACUGCACGCUACAACUGAAGGACAAAGCCAGAAGAUGAGAUGUUGCCUGAUGUUAGCUGCUCUUCUCUGCUUCAUCACAUGGGUGAACAUUUCACAUGCAUCCCGUGGACAGGCGUCAUGUUGUCUCAAGUUGAGCCAAACACGAAUCCAUCGUGAUUAUAUUAAAUCUUACUACAAACAGUAUGAGGGUGUCUGUCCAAUCACAGCGGUUGUGUUCAUAACAAUUCGUGGAAAGAGGAUUUGCUCUGACCCUAACAGUGUCUGGGCAAAAACCACCAUGGUGUUCCUGUACGGAAAGGACACAAAAACUAAACAUGCAAAUUUAAACAUGCAAAACAUGAAAGUUCAUAAGAAACAUAAGUAA